GGGUCGUGUUCGAAGGCAUGGGCGACAAGUACGCUGCGCUGCGGCGGGCCCAGCUCUAUCUGGAUUUCAUCCACGCCAACUCUACCACUCACAGCUUCCUUUUUGGAGCAUUGGCAGAAUUACUGGACAAUGCAAGAGACGCGGGGGCUCAAAGACUUGAUGUGUUUUCAGUGGAUAAUGAAAAACUACAGGGUGGGUUCAUGUUGUGCUUCCUGGAUGAUGGAUGUGGCAUGAGCCCUGAGGAAGCUUCAGACAUCAUUUACUUUGGAACAUCCAAGAAACGGUUAUCGACCUUGAAGUUCAUUGGGCAAUAUGGUAAUGGUCUAAAAAGUGGGUCCAUGAGAAUUGGAAAAGACUUUAUUCUUUUUACGAAGAAGGAAGAAACUAUGACUUGUGUGUUUUUUUCUCAGACGUUCUGUGAAAGAGAAGGUCUUAGUGAGGUUGUAGUUCCAUUACCUUCAUGGUUAACAAGAACCAGAGAACCUUUCACAGAUGAUCCUCAAAAAUUCUCAGUAGAAUUGUCUAUAAUUUAUAAAUACUCCCCAUUUAAAACCGAAACUGAACUGAUGGAGCAAUUUAGCGUGAUCUAUGGAAAAUGUGGCACUUUGCUGAUUAUUUAUAACUUGAAGCUUCUGCUUAGUGGAGAACCAGAGUUGGAUGUUAGAACUGACAAGGAAGAUAUACUGAUGGCCGGGCCUCUUGAAGAAUUUCCGGAGAGAUGGUCAUUUAGAGCCUACACAUCUGUUCUGUAUUUUGACCCUUGGAUGAGAAUAUUCAUUCAAGCCAAAAGAGUUAAAACAAAACACCUGUGUUACAGCCUUUACAGCCCCAGAAAGUAUCUGUAUGUCACAUCUUCUUUUAAAGGAGCAUUUAAAAAUGAAGUUAAGAAGGCAGAAGAAGCAGUAAAAAGUGCUGAACUUGUGUUGAAAGAAGUUCAAUUCAAAGUAAACCAGCCUGACAGAAAUUCUUUGUCUUCUGCCAAGGAUGUAUUACAGAAAGCUUUGGAAGAUGUAGAAGAAAAGCAUAGAAAUCUUAAAGAGAAACGGAGAGAAUUGAAAAAAGCAAGAACACUCUCCCUGUUCUUUGGAGUGAACAUAGAAAAUCAAAACCAAGCUGGAAUGUUCAUUUAUAGUAAUAAUCGUUUGAUCAAAAUGCAUGAGAAAGUGGGCCCACAGUUGAAACUGAAGUCCUUACUUGGUGCAGGUGUGGUGGGAAUUGUUAAUAUACCCUUGGAGAUCAUGGAACCAUCCCAUAAUAAACAGGAAUUUCUCAAUGUCCAGGAGUAUAAUCAUCUCCUAAAAGUCAUGGGACGGUAUUUGGUCCAGUAUUGUAAAGACACCGGGAUCAGUAAUAGAAACCUAACGUUGUUCUGGAAUGAAUUUGGACAACAAAGUAACAAGGACAUGGAGAAAUCUUUAGAUUCUAUUCAGUAUCAAAGAAGACAAGCCAUGGCCAUCCCAUUCAUCAUCCAGUGUGAUCUUUGCCUGAAAUGGAGAGUCUUGCCUUCCUCUACUGACUAUCAAGACAAAGAAUUCCUUGACGUCUGGAUUUGUGCCAAUCAUCCUAACCCCUUGGAAAAUAGCUGUCAUCGGAUGGAACGUCUACCGUCCAUCCCUCUGGGCACUAUGAGCACAGUAUCACCAUCAAAAAAUGAGAAAGAGAAGCGACUUAGAGCAUCGGUCCAAAAGUAUCAAAACAGACUAGCAGAACAGCAGCCACAGUCCCACAAAGCACUGAUGCGAAAUAAGAAAGUAGAAUUCUCUGCUUUCCAAGGCCAUGAGUCUGAUUCCAGAGCUGUCCGUAUGAGAAAAACUUCACAGUCUGUGGAAAUGCAGACUGACUCCUGGCAUCCAUGCCAGACCAUCAGACUGUCUCAUACCGUCGUCACUUCUGCUCACAAUGGCGUUGCAGUUUAUCCAAACUCAGAGGAACCCUAUGUACAGUUAGUGCUUCAGUUUAUACCGAGCAUUCUCAGUGAGUCUUCUUCCACCUGCCUGACUUUGGCUCUGACUGAAAAUACUAAAACUCAGAAAAUCAGAUCUUUGAGUGAUGACUUGAAGCAUGAAUCUCCUUCAUGCUUCGAGCUUUCAGUCAGCCACAAAAGCCGAAAACGAAACACAGAAGAGACCGACUCCGAUGUGGAGUUCGUUUCCGAGACUAUAGUUAUGAAGUCUGUGAAAAAGAAAACAAAACCUCAACAGCAGAGACAUCCAGCAGGUCUGCCAGAAAAUAUCACACUAGCUGAAAGAUCUCAGGUCUCUUCUUGGAAAAUGAAAAGGAAGCAGAGUAUAAACAUUGUACAGGAAUGCAAGGCAUUGGUUGACAUCGAAAGCAGUAACAGCGAUUCUGAUAUAAUCCUGAUUUUAGAUGAGGAUGACACUGAUGUUUCAUUGAAACAAGAAAAAAUGGAAGUUCCUCUUACAAACAAAGAAGAACAGGAGCUGUCCAAUGAUACUUCAGCAGUAAAAAGAAACUCUUCAGCACCUAACUGGAAAAGGGCACCAGUAGGAGAUGUAAAUCCCGGUUCUGGACAGAAAGCCAGACCUUGUGAGAGUAGUGGUUAUAAAGCAGAUUCUUUGCCGACACAGUCUUCUCAGAGCACCUCUGUAAAGGAAACAGUGAAAAAACUGACAUCUAAUUUAAGGGAGGUUCUUCUGUAUUUUUUCCCUGAGUAUCAGCUACCACCAGAAUUUGACCAUGUAUCUCUGGAAGAACUUGUCACAAGCUCUGAGCUGGAACAGUGCCCAGAGCAGACAAACAAAAAACUGAAAAUGUGUUUCAACCAGAUUCAGAAUAUUUACAUGGUUCAGUAUGAAAAAAACCUAAAGAAAAAAGUGCAGUCCAUUAUCUAUGAUGCAAAUACGAGAGGCGUGCUUAAUGAAAUCUCUCUGGGAAAAUGUGAAGAGAAAAGAAAAAUGACUGAGGAUAAACUGAACGAUCUCCGUGUAAAAUUAGCAGCGUUGUUGGAGAAACUUCAGCUGGGUGGUCCGGCCGGCAACCUGGAGCAGAUUGACACUUACUUAGAAGCUUUGCUUAAAGAAGAUAAUCUCCUUUUCCGAAACACUUUAAAAAAAUAGACACAGAACAAUUCUCUUUUUCUAAAGAAAUAAUAU